UGAUAGAGAUUUGACGAAAUAAGUCUCUGUUAGUACUCACGCGAAUAGAAUUUGAAAUCAAUAGCGAUUUUUGCCGUGAUAUGCAUAUAAUGACAAGCAGGCAGAUGAUUCCACGUCCCUGCGUUAUGAAAGGUUCAAUACAAAUUUAACUAUUGGAUUGUGAUCGCAGACUUCAGUCGUGUAGUUUCCCUUCAAAGAGUAUGAACCCUCCCUUGGUAUCGGACUAAGUGGUCUUAUUGUUCCAAACAUUGUCCUCGGACUGUCGGUGAUUGGAAAAACAUGUCCUUAAUACCCUGUUAUCCCACUAACGGACCACGAACCUCAUUUACCAUUCUUGGGAAAUUUUAAUUAUACUCCUCUUUCGAAUGUUUACUGAUGUUCUCUGACGGUUUGCAGAACUGCCAUUCUCUGGGGAUUUAUUUUAACAGACUGUCGCAUGGUGCCAUGUGAAUGGAUUACGUCUGAUGUACCCUUCUUUGGGACAGUGACCCAGCACCAUGGAAAUGUUCUCUCUUAUUAAAAGCUCCCUAGCGUCUGAGGACGCCAAUCCCAUCCACCGGCUCUACAGGGUGGGGCAACAGGUGGGGACAGGUGGACAGGAAAUGUUGUGGCGGAUACAUGAAGCAGAAAGCAUUGAAGAAGAAAAGGGUGCUUCAGUCUUCAUUUUCAACAAGAAAAUCGCUAACAAACUUCACAAGCCUCGACGGCGAGAGCAGGUGUCCGAGAUCCUACGUCAUGACGUCACACUACUGAACAAAAUGUCGAACGCCUCCGUCCUUACUAUAUAUCAUGGUCUACAGGAGGACAAGGACAGUUUGUCUUUUGCUUCAGAACCUGUCGCCGGAAGUUUAGCAAAUUUUCUAGAAAGAUUUGACAAAACGUCUCCUCAGAGCAUCAACACGACAUGUGGCUUUAUGGAACAUGAAGUGCAAUGUGGAAUUUAUCAGAUCACUGAAGCUUUAAUGUAUGUCCAUGGUGUAGAGCGGAUGAUCCAUCGUAACGUUAACCCCGCCUCUAUUCUUAUCACCCAAUCAGGACGCUGGAAAUUGGCCUGCUUUGGAUUUGCAGAGAAAACACAAGAUGGAAGGGAAUCCUUUUCAUGUAAAGCAUGGAGCCCAAAGAUUUCAAAGAUGGCACAACCAGAUCUGAAUUAUAUUGCUCCGGAAAUUCAAACAACGGAAGUAUGCACGUACGUCAGCGACAUGUUCUCGUUUGGGAUGUUGAUUUGUACAAUUUACAAUAAUGGACACUCUCUAAUUGACGCUCAGUAUAACCCUACAGUCUACGUCAAGCAAUUAGACACGCUGACUCAGAAGUUUGGAGACAUUGCUCCCAUGAUGCCCCCCGCUUUGGUGGACCCGGUGGAAAAGAUGAUUAACAGGGAUAUCCGCUAUCGACCCACAGCCCAGCUCUUCUCAUUGCUGAAGAUGUUCCAUGACCCCACGGUCUCUACGCUACAGCAGCUCGACAACCUCCACUUAAAGAGUCCCUCCGAUAAAUCCCACGUGUUCAGUGUGAUUUCUCAGAACAUUCCACUUCUUCCAAAGGCAAUUCGCUGUUCCCGCCUUUUACCCAGCCUGCACCAGGAGUUUACGUCACGUGACUCUGUCGUCACAGCGUUACCGCCCCUUUUAUCGCUGGUUCAGCAUUCAUCUUCUGAGGAGUUCUCACAAUAUGUCUUUCCAGAAAUAACUUUUGUGUUCAAUUGCUCAAAACCCGAACAGGCCACUGUGUAUCUUCUGAAUAAAAUCGAUUUCAUAAUAUCCAAAUGCACCACAAACCAAGUUCGAAGUGAUGUUAUGCCAUUCAUCUUGAAACAUAUUAAAUCCGAGUCGUUUAGAAUACAGGAAGCUGCCCUGAAUGCCUUAUUGGUCGUCAAAGAAUGUCUGGACGACGCCAUUCUUAAAUCGACCGUUCUUCCCUGUGCCAAAGAACAGUUUCUUCAGACGGCCGAUGUUAAGAUAAAGCUCAUAAUAUUGUCGUGUAUCAAACAUUUAUUGAGCAUCAUGAAUCCUUUCACUGUCAGAGAGGAAGUCCUGCCAUUCUUGGUCGACAUUGCCAACUACCAAGAUGCAUCAGUAAUACUGGCUGUUGUUGGUAUAUAUAAGCAUAUGUUAAAUAAAAGGGACUCCGUGUUAACCAGGAUCUUUCUUGCACAGAGUGGAAUGCCUUCUCUUCUCCCACACACCGUGGAUCCAGAACUCAGUACAGACCAGUUUAGUAUCAUGAUGGACGUACUGUAUGAUAUGCUUGGAUUGAUAGAACAACACAGAAGAAGUAAUGGCACUCAAAGUUCUACACCCCAAAGGGAAAGGUUGGCACCGUCUGGGGGCAGUGACAAAAAUCUACUGUUUGUUGGUAAUUCUUCACCUUCUGGAAUCCAGAAAAGCCGAACAGUUCUCCCUUUCCCAGAAUGCUCCAUUUCAUCACUGACUAGAGGCAGACUCUCCCGAAACUCAAGUCAGGAAGCGCCUAACAGCCCAGAGCUCUCAAAGUUAAAGGAAAAAGAAAUGCUGACGGUGUCAAGCAAGGAACCGCUGCGGAGGUUUAGCUUAGUGCCGCCAGGUGGCGGUACCCCUGCCAUUAAUCUGACUCCAGAUGAUGGAGGUUACAUAGACAGAAACCGACGUCCAAGUCUCCAAAACAUGGGGCAGUAUAAUCACGACUCUGAACGCUAUGAGCGGAAAAGCAGCACAGGAAGCCUGUUCAGUUUUUCUGAACCCAGACAUACAGCGCCACGGCGCGGUAGCUUCCAGGCGUUAGGAGACACUGUGAUGCAGCUUUUCUCUAGUAAAUAAUGUGCCCCAAGAUUAUUUUCACGACGGUGCAAAGUAUAUUAUGGACUGAUGCGACUUCGUUGAUUCUUCUUUGUUACUCAAAGAAGGCGCCGAAUAUUGCCAUAUUGUAAAUUACGAUGCUUUAAUCAGUUGAUAUAUUUAUGUGUGUAUUUUAUAUAUUGUUCAAAAUAUUAUUCUUGUUUUGUACAGUAAAAUAUUUAUUAUAUAA